GUGCUUAUCACAGAGUAAUCGGUUUAAGUGUUUGCAAGAGUUGAUGAAGCAUCAGUCGAAAUCGAGUGUGGUUUUGAGUUACGUCCCUUGUUCUAUUGAGUUAUGGCCCUUUAGGUCCACCCGUUCUGUGAUCGAUUAUCCCUAAUCAAAGAAAUCAGUAAUAACCCUUAUCCCUCCCCCAACCCAAUAUCUGGCCUUAUGCCUCCAAGUUAUCACUGGAUCUGCUAGAAAUAGGAGCGAAAUCUAUCUUAACAUCCACAAAACAAAAAUAUGUGUUUCAAUGUUUCUAACUAGAUGUGUGAACAGGAAAAAGACGAGAUGGGCAUGAGUAGAACGCUUUUUGUCAUAUUUCAUCUCGAUCGGGUCUAACGUGGGCGUAGCAGCCAAACAAGGAAGAACACAUCAGAUAAUGUACACCUAGUUAUUUCGUGCUUAAAAAUAUAGACGAGAUGGUCAUUAUUGAACAUCUAUGAUGAUAGAUUAGGAGGAUAGCGAGAACUUAACAAAGACACAAUAGAUUUUGCACUUUGAGACACACUGCCUAAAAAUAAACGAUUGGAAGACACACUACUUGAAUGUCUUUCAUCACAGGUUUACUGAGCUGACUAAUCGAGGAAGCGUAGAGGGAUCCUAAAAACAAUGAAGGCUACAUCCAUUAUUGUAUCCUACAUACACUGUACGUUCCAUCUUUGGCCAUCGCCUGCACAUCAGCAUUUCAUCGUCCAAUUUCUCCUUUAUUCAAAAUAGUAGGUGAAAUUCAAGAGAAUUUAGCUUCUAUUUUUAGCAGGUCCAGCAACGUCGUAGAGAAUCCCCCCCACCACAACAGUGACAGAGGGUGAUGGUAGGAGAAGAAGCAGGAGGAAGAGGAGGAAUGCCUAAUGAUCAUUGCAGCGUAAAUCGUGUAAGGAGAGAGUGAGUGAGUAAGGGAGGGAGAGAGAAAGAAUCACGUGAUCGGCCGCUGCAAGGAGGUAAGAUGGCGGUGUCUGAAUCAACAGUCCAAAAUGGUGAUAUUACAACGUUUGGGGAGAAUACAAACAUUGAUGACGAUGAUGAUUAUGAUCGAGAUACGAUAUUAGAAGAGUUGAAAAACAUUCGAAAUGUCAUUCGAUUAACCAAAGAAAAACUUGAAGAUAUGAACAAAGAAUUUGGUAAACACCAGCAUCCACAUCCAUUAUAUAUUCAGGAAUAUGAACAACUUACAAACAAAAUUCAUGAUUUCCAAUUAAAAGAGCAGCAGCUGUUAGAUAAAGUGAUUAUUCCGUCAAGUGAAACUGAAGAUGAAGAUGAUGAUGAAGAAGAAGAAGAAAAGUUACCUUCACCUACAAAUAGUUCCACGUCUAGUCCAAAGCUCCCAUUGAAAUCUCCUGUCAGAUCUACUAUAAAGGUAUUACUCCCUAAUGCACAAUUCACUCGGGUUCAUGUAAAACCAGGAGUAACCUUGAAAGGAAGUCUUGCUAAAGCUAUGAAGUUGCGUGACUUUGAACCUGACAGAUGUCUGGUAUUUAUACAAAAGCCAUGGCCCAGGAAAUUUAUUCCCUGGGAUGUUGAUCUCUCAAUGCUGGCAGCUGAGGAACUUUCUGUUGAAUUUAUCAGCCAACAUCUCCCCACUGAUAAGCCUUUAUGCCACAACUAUGUAAGGAAGACAUUUUUUACUAUAGCUUUCUGUGAUCUGUGCAGAAAGUUGUUGUUCCAUGGUUGUUAUCGCUGUGCAACUUGUGGCCUCCGCGUGCAUCAACGUUGUAUACACCGGGCUUACAGCUACUGCGAUGGUGGUGAUGAUUAUCAUUCACAUUAUGGUAGUCCAAAUAGAAUUUCAGAACCAAUGUACAAUCAACCAUUUCCAGAUGUAUCUCAUACACUACCUACAUACGUUUCCAGUCCGUUCAAUCAGUUCCAGACAUUGCCAAAUCAACGUAACACUCGUAAGCGUCCUCCUCCAAUAUGCCAGAGAGAGCGUUCAACAUCAGCUCCAAAUGUCUGCUGUAAUCUAGUCAAUAGCUCCUUUUUGACAUCUGAACAAGAAUCGAGUAGAAAGAAUAUGGACUAUCCUGGAGAUCAUUCAAAUGUUGCUGCACCAGGUACAAACCACAGCAACAGAAGUAACAUGAGCCACAGACAAGCUCUUCAGUAUAAAGAUAAACGUCAUGCUAGCGACAGUAUUACAGCUAUUUGUAAAAUUUCUCCAUUUUUCUCUUCCUUUAUGUCCAGAGGUCACAACACUAAUUGUUUGGCUCCACCUAACUCUGGUUCAAGCCACAGUCAGGGAAAUAGUCCAACUAAAAUCCACAGUGCAAGGGGUUCACCUACCAACCAAUCUGAACAAAUGCGGCCACGUGCAAAAUCAGUAGAAUCAGAGCUAGGACAACAUGUGCGACUACGACGAGAUUCAAAUGAAGAAUGGGAACUUCCUGACAAAGAAAUUAUAUUAAUUCGUCGAAUUGGUUCAGGAUCGUUUGGAACAGUAUUUUGUGGUCACUGGCAUGGGCCUGUUGCUGUGAAAAAGCUGAAUGUAGUUCAUCCAACACCUGCGCAAUUAGAAGCUUUCAAAAAUGAAGUUGCUGUCUUAAAGAAAACUCGACACUUAAACAUCUUAUUAUUUAUGGGUUAUACCAUUGAACCUCAGCUUCAGAUUGUCACUCAGUGGUGUGAAGGGUCAAGUCUUUACAAACGUUUGCAUGUAGAAGAAACCAAGUAUGAUAUGUCUCAGCUAGUUGAAAUAGGUCGUCAAACUUCACAAGGCAUGGAUUGCUCUCCAGAUAUAUUUUUGACAGAAGACUUCACUGUCAAAAUUGGUGACUUUGGUCUUGCAACUGUGAAAGCACGAUGGAGUGGAUCCCAUCAAUUCCAACAGCCAACUGGUUCCAUUCUGUGGAUGGCUCCUGAAGUAAUAAGGAUGAAAGAUGACAACCCUUACACAUUCCAAUCUGAUGUGUAUGCGUAUGGUAUUGUCUGUUUUGAGUUAAUGACCAGCUCACUGCCAUAUUCUCACAUCAACAACAAGGACCAGAUCCUCUUCAUGGUUGGUAAAGGCCAUAUACGACCUGACCCCAGUAAAUCCAGAUCAGAUACACCCAAAGCUUUCAAACGUUUGAUGAUGGAGUGCUGUAAAUAUGAUCGAAAUGAAAGGCCUCUAUUUCCACAGGUAUGCAAGGAAAAACUUUUGAAUGGGAAUCAUUGACUUGUGAUUAAGUUUUAGAUGUGGAGGUUAGGGUUAAUGUGUUAAUCCUAUUCAAAUGGUUUAAAAUGGGUGGUUAUCUCCUUAUCACACUGUAUUUCUACUUAGCAUAC